AUGAUGAUGAGCAACAAAGAAGAAGAGAAAAAGUAUCAAAAUAUUAUUACGGAAAAAUUAAGGGAACUGCUAGGUGAAUAUGAAGUAGACAUAUUGACUGAGUACGUUUGGCACAUGGCUGGAAAUGCCAAAAGUAGCCGAGAGUUUAUAUGCAAUGAGUUGAAGGAUUUCCUUGGAGACCAUACCACCGUAUUUGUCAACUGGCUAAUGAAGCUAAUGGUUGAUAUAAAAAAACCAUUAAAGAGUGAUAGCCCCCCGAAGAAUGAGAAGUCGCAAAAAUCCGAAAGUGCCAAAGAUAGGCAUCACGGCGGGGCUUCUCGAUCGAACAGGAGUAGAGAAUCCAAAUCCAGACAUUCCGUCACUCAAGGAAGGAGAACGAAGGAACACCAAAGGGAUUACGACUCCAACAGAAGAGAUACGUCCAUUACAAGGAGGCGGUCCAGAAGCUUUGGAAGUAGGAGUAGCAGAUACUCGUUGAACGAUGCAGAUUCGUUUAACAGAAGGAGAAACAAAAAAAGACAAAGAGGAGGGAUAGGCACAAGAUCUGUAUCGUCCAGUGUGAACGCGAGAAAAUUCCAUUUCGACAGUAACCGACCUAGAUCAAAAAGAGGAGAGAAAGAAAUGGAUCGAAUAAAAGGAAGGGAUGAUAUUAAGUACAGAAGAGUCGGAAGAAGUGGAAGUAGCUCCAUAACCCCUAGUAGAGUGAUAUACAUGGAAAAGGAGGAAGAGAGAAAACAAAGGAAGGUUGAAGCACUCCAUGAAGGUGCUCCAAAAAGGAAUGAUUUGGAAGGAAGACGAAUGGAUGACAGCGCGGAUGAGUACAACUCCAGCGAAAAGAAGAACAAAGCCAUUCUAAAACCGAAUCCCCAAUUCGGAGGAGAUAACCCGAUUCCCUUUUUGCAGCCAUCCGCGACGGGUAUGGCGAAUCAGGAUAUGUCCAACUACCGCAUGAAUUACCCAUACGAAAACGUCGGUGCACAGCCUAGUUAUGAGAAAGGAAUGAACCCUACUGUUGGGAAUUACCAUCCUGGAAAUUACAUGCUAAGUCAACAGAAGCUAGUAGAUAAUAACACCAUAAGUGGUAACAACUUUAUACAGCCGACUAUGUUCAACAAUAGCUUCGCUAAUAAUAGACACCCGAACAGUGGUCUGCAUCACCCCAAUCGAAUUCACUUUAAUGCGAACAUGAAUAAAAAAGGUUCUCAUCCAUCAGCAAAUUAUGUGAACCCUAAUAGCACCUUAAAUCCCAGGAAUAAUCAACACAAUAUGUUUUUCCCGAAUAGCAUGACGAACCCAACUCCACCUCCUCCUUCGUAUAAUCCCCCCGUAUCGACGUAUGGGGUGUCCAAUUUUACAUCCGCUACGUUUACGCCUCCUUUGAAUACAAGACAGAAACAUUUGAAUGCACACCAUAUGCAGACGGAAAGGAUGGUUCCUAUGAAGGUUCAGCCACACAAUGGAUCCCACAUACCAAAUCAAACUUCUUCCACAUUGCAACAAAACGUACAAUUUGAUAAGGCCAAGAAUGAUCCGGCUAUUGUUAAGGAAGAUAUUCAAAAAAUCGUUGCAGACGAACAAAAGGAGGAAGGAUCAGCGGAACCAGGGGUUAACGGAAUUGGCGAAGGAAACCAAAAUUCGACUGGGCUAAUAAAUGCAGAUGCCCCCCAGGGACUCAACCCAGACGACCAAACGGAUGCAAAGAACAUCGUUGCGAAGAUUCCGAAGAAGUGCGCCUAUCUACCGAACUGUCAGUUUGGAGACAAGUGUCGUUACAUUCACCCUGUGGAAAAUUGUCGUAACUGGCCGUACUGCGCCUUCGGAUCCGAGUGCAUCUACAUACAUCCCAAUGUUCCCUGUAAAUUUGGUUUGUAUUGCGCGAACUACUACUGCAAUUAUUCACAUGACCAUGUGGACACAACGAAUUUACCGGAAGUUGGCAUGAACGGAUACUUCCUGAACAAAAAAUUAAUAAAUAAUAACGAUAAAGGGAAUAACGGUGGCGGCAACUUUGAUGAUAAAGUAGCCCAGAUUUCCAUCAGCAUGCCCAAGACCCCUCCAGAAAUGAAGAAGGACAACAGAACAAAAAAUUCCUACAACGAAAAUGAAUACCUACAGAGUAUGUUACAUGCAGAGGGACAAGAACUGAAUGAGAACAACAUGACACAGGAGCAUGGAGGUGAAAUUAAUGGGAAUAACAAUUUAGGAGAGGCACCUGGAGAGCAAAUCAUGGGAGAGGAACAGGGAGUUCAUCCCCUAAAUGAAGGUACGGAAAAUUAUGGGUCACUUGAUAAUGCAGGAGAUGAAUCCCGUAUACAUCAAGUUGAAGAAGAUCCAUGCAAUGAGACAAAUGAAAAGGGAACACUCGAUUACAACUGUUUCGACAUUGUAGUUAACCCGGACGGUGUAGGCGGGGUAGGAGCAGGAGAAGGAGAACGGAAAGAAGGGGCCAUAAACCCAUCGGAGGAUAAUUAA